AUUGAUGUCGCGCUAAACAACAACAGUGUGCGGAGGCCCAGGGGCACUUCGGGAUUGACCAAGAGGAAACUCACGUUGCACAAUGAUACGAUCUUGUUGCUACAAUUGUCAGAGAAGGGCACUCCCACAGCAAAGGGCAUAAAACCAUCCGGAGCAGUCUGGGGCGGCUCAGUUCUGCGGUGCCAGGGAGUGGAGCAGAGCCCAGCCCCAUCCCAAACACAGAUGGGACCAUGAACUCCAGACACAGCUUCAGCCAGACCCCCUCGGCUUCCUUCCAUGGCCCCGGAGGGGGCUGGGACCGGCCCAGGAGCUUCCCCCGGGCUCCCAGUGUCCAUGGUGGUGCGGGGGGAGCCCGCAUCUCCCUGUCCUUCACCACGCGGAGCUGCCCACCCACCGCAGGGUCUUGGGAUUCUGGAAGAGGCAGCCCCCUCCUAGGCGGAAAUGGGAAGGCCACCAUGCAGAACCUCAACGACCGGCUGGCCUCCUACCUGGAGAAGGUGCGCGCCCUGGAGGAGGCCAACAUGAAGCUGGAAAGCCGCAUCCUGAAGUGGCACCAGCAGAGAGAUCCUGGCAGUAAGAAAGAUUAUUCCCAGUACGAGGAAAACAUCACACACCUGCAGGAGCAGAUCGUGGAUGGUAAGAUGACCAACGCUCAGAUUAUUCUUCUCAUUGACAAUGCCAGGAUGGCAGUGGAUGACUUCAACCUCAAGUAUGAAAACGAACACUCCUUUAAGAAAGACUUGGAAAUUGAAGUCGAGGGCCUCCGAAGGACCUUGGACAACCUGACCAUUGUCACAACAGAUCUAGAACAGGAGGUGGAGGGAAUGAGGAAAGAGCUCAUUCUCAUGAAGAAGCGCCAUGAACAGGAAAUGGAGAAGCAUCAUGUGCCAAGUGACUUGAAGGUCAACGUGAAGGUGGAUACAGGUCCCAGGGAAGAUCUGAUUAAGGUCCUGGAGGAUAUGAGACAAGAAUACGAGCUGAUAAUAAAGAAGAAGCAUCAAGACUUGGACACUUGGUAUAAAGAACAGUCUGCAGCCAUGUCCCAGGAGGCAGCCAGUCCAGCCGCUGUGCAGAGCAGACAAGGUGACAUCCACGAGCUGAAGCGCACAUUCCAAGCCCUGGAGAUUGACCUGCAGGCACAGUACAGCACGAAAUCUGCUUUGGAAAACAUGUUAUCUGAGACCCAGUCUCGGUACUCCUGCAAGCUCCAGGACAUGCAAGACAUCAUCUCCCACUACGAGGAGGAACUGAUGCAGCUACGCCACGACCUGGAGCGACAGAACAACGAGUACCAAGUGCUGCUGGGCAUCAAAACCCACCUGGAGAAGGAAAUCACCACAUACCGACAGCUCCUGGAGGGAGACAGCGAAGGGACAAUGGAAGAAUCAAAGUCGAGCAUGAAAGCGUCCGCAACUCCAAAGAUCAAGGCCAUAACACAGGAGACCGUCAAUGGAAGAUUAGUUCUUUGUCAAGUGAAUGAGAUCCAAAAGCAAGCAUGAGACCAAUAAACAUUUCUGCCUGUUGUAAAAUCUAUUUUCCCCCAAGGAAAGUCCUCGCCCAGACACUAAUGAGUGACUUCUAAGAGACAUCCUUGGAGUUAUCAGACUCAGAAACUUUUAAUUUUUUCUUCUGUAACAAUCUCACCAGAUUUCUUAUAAUGCUCUUAAUAUAUUGCACUUUUCGACUCAGUGUGAGUUUAUGAGUUAAAGCUCUCCUUUCCUACUGUAGCCUUCAGAUUCUCAUCAUUGUGCAUCUGUUUUGUAGCCAAUAAAACUCCACACUAGCCGCA